AUGGCGACCUGCAUAGUUGAUAGCGCAAACCAUUUGCCCUUUUUCUUUGGCAACAUAACCCGUGAAGAAGCAGAAGAUUAUCUUGUGCAGGGGGGAAUGGGUGAUGGACUCUACCUACUUCGCCAGAGUCGCAACUACCUGGGUGGCUUUGCAUUAUCUGUGGCUUUUGGAAGGAAGGCUCAUCAUUACACCAUUGAGAGGGAGCUGAAUGGGACAUAUGCCAUCGCAGGGGGGAGGACCCACAUGAGCCCUGCUGAACUCUGUAUUUAUCAUUCUCAAGAGUCUGAUGGCUUGGUUUGUCUUCUGAAGAAACCUUUUAAUCGACCACCUGGAGUAGAACCUAAGACUGGCCCAUUUGAAGAUUUGAAGGAAAACCUCAUCAGAGAAUAUGUAAAACAGACAUGGAACUUGCAGGGUCAAGCCCUUGAACAAGCUAUUAUUAGUCAGAAACCACAACUGGAAAAGUUGAUUGCUACCACUGCUCAUGAGAAGAUGCCAUGGUUCCAUGGGAACAUCUCUCGGAUUGAGUCUGAACAGAUUGUCCUAAUUGGGUCAAAAACAAAUGGAAAGUUCUUAAUACGGGCAAGAGACAACAAUGGAUCGUAUGCUCUCUGUUUACUCCAUGAAGGAAAAGUCCUACAUUAUCGCAUUGAUAAAGAUAAAACAGGAAAACUCUCUAUCCCUGAUGGAAAGAAGUUCGACACCCUUUGGCAGCUGGUUGAACAUUAUUCCUAUAAACCAGAUGGACUCUUAAGAGUUCUUACUGUUCCAUGUCGAAAAAUUGGCUCAGAAAAUGGUAACAUUGACUUUGGGAUGUCACGGCCACCUCUUCCAUCAUCUCAUCCUAGGAGUUGGUCAACAGGUGGAUUUUUCUCAAGAAUGAAAUCAUACUCCUUUCCAAAAGCUGGCAACAAAAAGUCACAUCCUUCCAAUGUUAACCGGGCAGACAGUUCAGUGGAACUUAAUCCUUAUGUGCUACACAAGCGAGAUGGUACCUCCUUGGGAGCUGAACUAGAUAUGCAGAAGGAAGCUUUACCAAUGGACACUGAAGUCUAUGAAAGCCCCUAUGCAGAUCCAGAAGAAAUCAGACCCAAAGAGGUGCGUCUGGACAGAACAUUGCUAACUUUGGAAGAAGGAGAGCUUGGCUCUGGUAACUUUGGAACUGUUAAAAGGGGUCGCUAUAGAAUGAAAAAAGGUGAAAAGUUAGUAGCUGUAAAGAUACUCAAAAAUGAAGCCAAUGACCCUGCAAUUAAAGAUGAAUUAUUAAGAGAAGCAAAUGUCAUGCAACAGCUAGAUAAUCCUUAUAUUGUCCGAAUGAUUGGGAUAUGUGAAGCUGAAUCAUGGAUGUUAGUCAUGGAGAUGGCUGAACUUGGUCCACUUAAUAAAUAUCUGCAGAAAAACAGGCAUGUCAAGGAUAAAAAUAUCAUAGAACUGGUUCAUCAAGUUUCAAUGGGGAUGAAAUAUUUGGAGGAGAAUAAUUUCGUGCACAGAGAUCUGGCUGCAAGAAAUGUGUUACUAGUUACCCAACAUUAUGCCAAAAUCAGUGAUUUUGGGCUUUCAAAAGCACUUAAUGCUGAUGAAAAUUAUUAUAAGGCUCAAACUCAUGGAAAGUGGCCAGUCAAGUGGUAUGCCCCAGAAUGCAUCAAUUACUACAAAUUCUCUAGCAAGAGUGAUGUAUGGAGUUUUGGAGUACUAAUGUGGGAAGCAUUUUCCUAUGGACAGAAACCUUAUAAAGGAAUGAAAGGAAGUGAAGUUUCAGUGAUGUUAGAAAAAGGAGAGCGAAUGGAGUGUCCUGCAGGUUGUCCAAGUGAAAUUUAUGAUCUAAUGAAACUGUGUUGGACAUAUGAGGUUGAAAACAGACCUGCAUUUUCAGCUGUUGAAUUGCGACUACGCAAUUACUACUAUGACGUUGUUCACUAA